AUGGGCGCCAUCGAUGGUCAUUACGUUGCACACAUUCGCCGAAGUUUGUUCGAUGCUGCAUGGGCCGAACAGGUGCGCGCUGGGGAGCAUACGGACGAAUGGAUCAUUUACAACGAUGAGCAAGUAGCUCGGAGCGAACGACCCCCUUAUCCUAACGCCUACUUAUACUUUUUCAGACGACUCGACGCGCCAAGUCUGACUUAG